UUGACGUCCGUGCGCGGUUGACCCUGCAACGGCAAGUUGACAAACAUAACCUCCGUCGGCGUUCAUCUCAAACGACAAGGAGUCGUUACCUGAAGUAUUCUAAAACCCGGUAUCAUCAAUGGCACGUAUACAUAUAUCAUCUGAAGAUGAGCUUCCAGAGCUUGGAGAACUGUUGCGUCCAAAGCAGCGCCGAACGAGAGUCACGACCCCGUCGCUCGAAGAGAAACCUAGCAACCCGCAGGUGACCUCAGCCAAAGAGCAGAGUCAUGCCUGCGGUGGCAAACAGCGACCGCUCAAAAAAUUAAACAGCACCAAUUCACUAUUCGGUCCAUUUGAUGCAUCAAAAGGUUGCGACAGUGCAAAGUUGCCGAGGCCUAGCUGUGCGAGGAAAAGCCCGCGGAAAAUCCAGCGCAGUAAACCGAUCGAGGUGUUUCAAGACGACGAAAGUGAUGCGCCAGACGACGCAAGUUCGUCCGGGGAUGGCUCUUUCCAAUUCACAGAUGACAGUGGCUCGGAUGGAGAAUCAUGGCUAGGGAAGAAACGGGCCGAUAGAUCGCCGUUCAAAAGGCUGUUGAAGUCGAGAGCAAAAUCGUCACCGAAGUCACCACGGAACUUGGACGAUCGUUCACUAAUAGCGCCCUCCUUUGGAGCGACCGAUUUACCAAAUCCUUUUGUAGGUCCGCGUUUAAGUCCUUCAAAAUCUGUUGCACUACCAUCUACAUCUUCAUCACGGCCUACAAGCUCCUCCUCGGCUGUAGACAAUGCCGCUAUCCUCCAUUAUACUCCACCAAAGAAAGUUUCGCCUGUUAAGAAGACAUCCGAAUCACCACCUAUCGCACCUCCAUUGGAUCAGCCGCCCAGUCCAUCAAAGAAACUUAACUCUCCAUCCAAAGGCCGGCUCGAGAUCAUCCCUCGGGCACCGAUCCAGGAAAGUCUGGACGCGUUCUGGUCGCAAGACGUAGUGAAUGAAUGGAAUGAGCAAUAUUCUCCUCGAAAGAUGUUGACUAGUCCACGCAAGAAUCGAUUCAUUACGCCAACAAGCGAGGACGAAAACGGUCCGCCAAGUCCAAGUACUUCUCCUCGAAGGCGAAGUCCGCAAAAGGGGACAAGUCCGCUGAAAUCCAAAGAAGCGAAGCAAAUGAAGAAGACUUGGGAUGCGAGGAAGAAGGGCAUCGCCGCCGCCUUCUUCAAAGAGCUUGAUGAUACCAUUGCGGGUGGCCAGCUUUCGAAGAUGACAGCCGACACGGGCGGCGUGCAUCUAAUCUGGUCAAAGAAGCUGAAUACAACUGCUGGACGGGCAAACUGGCGGCGCGAAAAGGUGCGAGAUCUCCAGGCCGAUGGAACAACGGUUGUCUCAUAUAAGCACACGGCAAACAUCGAGCUUGCGGAAAAGGUAAUCGACGACGAAGUUAGGCUAGUCAAUGUCGUCGCCCACGAAUUCUGUCAUCUCUGCAACUUCAUGAUCAGUGGCAUCCGAGAUGCUCCACAUGGCAAGGAAUUCAAAGAAUGGGCCAAAAAAUGUUCUCGUGCGUUUGGGUCUCGCGGCAUAGAGGUCACAACGAAGCAUUCCUACGACAUUGAUUACAAGUACGUCUGGGAAUGCGUCGACUGUUUGACCGAGUUCAAGAGACAUUCCAAGUCCAUUGACCCUCUGAAACAAGCGUGCGGUGCUUGCAAAGGACGGCUCGUGCAGACGAAACCUGUACCGCGAGAUACCAAGACGAGCGAGUACCAGCUGUUCGUGAAGGAGCACUGCCAGACGAUCAAGCGGGACAAUCCUGGGUUGAGUCAUGGCUCAGCCAUGGAAAUGCUAGCCCAGAUGUGGAAAGAAAAGAAGGCUGAAGACAGGUUAAACAAUCGUGAAAAGUCUGAUUUGGAGCAUGUGGUGAAGGAGUUGCAGAUUAUCACUUUGGAUGACUGAUUCUGAAUCUGGAUCGGAAUCUCGCCUUCGGUGGUGCAAGGGCCUCAAAAGCGCUCAAAAGACGUAGAGCAUGGUUACUUUACGAUGUCGAGCAGCGAUGCUCCGAGCAAAACUCUUGUUUCUUCUUGGAUCACGCACCGAUUCCCAUGUCAUUCCAUGACAAGGCCGCUUUGAUCAGUAGCGAGCUUUAUGAUGGCCUCGUUUGUUUUUUCCGCCCCGUGCUGCAUGAAGAGCUUCCAAGGCUUCCUGACUCUUUGAGCUCCCCAUUCAUCCGUCUCAUUCCAGCGGACCUUGGCUUUGCGUAUCUCAAUUCCCUCCAGCCCAAUCUUCUCGUAGUAGCUUUACAGGCCUUCAUUUCGGCAUCGUAUGUGUUGGCAUAGAACCUAUAUCACAUAAAUCAGUG